AUGUGGUGUGACACAAUGAGGAGCCUCGCGCUGCUUUUAGGGGUGAAAGCCGCGUGCAUCCUGUUGGUGUCGUCGCUUGCGGGCACGGGAGCCGUCAACAACAGCGGCCGGUGGUGGGGCAUUGUGAACGUGGCCUCUUCUGCCAACCUCCUCACCAACUCCAAGAACGUGCAGUUGGUCCUGGACCCCAGCCUGGCCCUAUUGAGUCGCCGCCAGCGUCGGCUGAUUCGGCAGAAUCCUGGCAUCCUGCAUGCCAUCGCCGCUGGGUUGCACACCGCCAUAAAGGAGUGCAAGUGGCAGUUCCGCAACCGCCGCUGGAACUGUCCGACCACCCACAGCCCCGCAAUAUUUGGCAAAAUUGUCAACCGUGGUUGCCGAGAAACAGCAUUUGUAUUCGCCAUUACGAGUGCAGGGGUCACCCAUGCGGUGGCUAGAUCCUGCUCGGAAGGUGCGAUAGAAUCUUGCACCUGUGACUACCGGCGCCGGGGGCCUGGUGGCCCAGACUGGCACUGGGGGGGCUGCAGUGACAAUGUGGACUUUGGCCGGAUGUUCAGCCGUGAGUUUGUGGACUCCAGCGAGAGGGGCCGCGAUCUGCGCUAUCUCACCAACCUCCACAAUAACGAGGCAGGAAGAAUGACAGUGUCAUCAGAGAUGCGUCAAGAGUGUAAAUGUCAUGGCAUGUCAGGCUCCUGCACCGUGCGCACUUGUUGGAUGCGGCUACCCAGCUUCCGCACAGUGGGGGACUUCCUAAAGGACCGCUUUGAUGGUGCGUCCAGAGUAGUUUAUGCCAAUAAAGGCAGCAACCGUGCUUCUCACCGAGCCAACCCCCGUCACCUGGAACCUGAAAACCCAGCUCACAAGCCCCCCUCCACCAGGGAUCUGGUCUACUUUGAAAAAUCACCAAACUUCUGCUCUUACAAUGGCAAAACUGGCACUUUGGGGACCUCUGGAAGAACCUGCAACAGCUCUUCUCCAGCCCUGGAUGGGUGUGAACUGCUGUGCUGUGGGCGUGGGUUCAAGACCAGGACUGAGAGGGUGACUGAGCGUUGCCACUGCACGUUCCAUUGGUGCUGUCAUGUUAGCUGCCUAAACUGCACCAGCACACAGACAUUACACCAGUGUCUAUGA